AUGGUUGGAAAAAAUUUUGGUUCAAUAGCAUUUUUGUUGCUUUUUUGUGUAUUUCUUCUAAAUUAUCAACCUGCAAGUUCUUAUAAUAUCACCACAUACAAUGAUAAUGAAGCUGAAUUAAAACUUCCAGUAGUUAAUCAAAAUUGUGGGAUCUUUACCCAGAAUAAUACAUUUAUUGCAAUUAUACCUAAUGAAAAUGAUAACAAAAGUUGGGACUUAAUUUCAACUGAAAUUCCUAAAUUCCUAUCAGAUGAUAAAGGAUAUAAUAACCCAAAUAUUGAUUCAACUUAUCCACCAAUAAAUGGAGUAAUAGAGAUAGCAAGUGAAAAUAUAAAUGUAACAUACAAUAUACCAAUUUUUUCAUCUACCAAUAAUAUUUCAAUCUAUCAAAUAAAUGACAAUGAUCAAGAUAUUUUGAGACAAUCAUUUUCAGCUGAUUCCUCAUUUUGUACAAUUAGUGAUGAUAAAAAAAGCUUAAAUAUUCGGGUAUUAACAAGCACAUUUAAUCUUCCUAAUACUAGUUAUUAUGUAAUAGUUGAGGAUGGCGCAUUAAAAUUAUCUUACACUAACAAUCCAUUGAUGGGAAUUUGUAAAGAUAUAUGGAAAUUUACUACAGGUAAUAUGGCUAUUAAAUAUUCAGAUUCGGCAAAUGGUAUCUUGAGACUCAAUGUAGAGGGGACAAAUUUAUUUAAUAAUCUAAAUUCAGCAAAUAAAUUUGAAUUUAUUAAAAUUUUAAAAAAUGAAUUAGCCAAUUUAACACCAAUCAACCCAACUCGUUUGAAUUUUAUUAAAGAUCAGAUGUAUUAUGCAACUUCACCUCCAACUUUAUUGUUAUCAUUUGAAAUAAUAAAACCCAAUGAUAAUGAAGAUCCACAAGAAAUAAAUGUUUCCCAAGUCAUGGAUACUUUAAAUACAUUAAUUAAAAAUAAAUUUAUUACUGGGAUAUCAAGUAACAAUCACACAAGCUUCAUUGAUGAAAAUCAUGGAUUUAUUUUUACAAGUAAUUAA